AUGCGUAUAGUCAGCAAUGUAGAAGGGACGUUAAGGGAUAACAUUGAUGCUUUGAAAACAGAAUAUUUUCCCCCAAACAGUGCAGCAUCAACAAGGGGAACUAUUGCAGUGGGAGAAUAUGUUGUAAAGCAUGGUCCACUGAUACCUACGACAGACUCAUGCAAAGUUUACAAGGAGGCCAGUGGUCGCACAAGCGAACGAAGAAUGAUGUCAGCAGAGUUGUACAGCAUAAUAUCAAAACACGUAAACGUAAUGCAGCUGUACAUUAACGGUCGAGAAUUCAUAAGUGAAACAACUGGUUCAGAUUUUAGGCCAUUGGUCACAUUUUUAAACAACCAGAAAAGGUCGUAAACGACAAGGUGAACGAUAAGAUUAGUCACUGUUUCAAGGACGCUCUUAGAUACAUGGAUACUAAGCGAGAUCAAGAUAUGGCUAUCGCACUCAUGGAGCGUAUAACGAGUGUAACAUUUGUUGCUGGCAGACUUCUACACACUAAAAAUAAACGUGCAGUGCAGACUUGUCGUGACUCGCCAAUGCCAAAUUUAAGCACCUUUGAAGGAAUUAAAUUCACUUCACAA